AUGAAUAAUAACAAUUCAAAUACAUCAUUUAAUAACAAUCUAGAUAAUCAACAGAUGUCUAAUGAUGAGAGUAUUAAUCAAAGUGGUAAUGGUUCUGAUAGAACCUAUCAAACAACUCAAUUAACUUAUAAUUAUUUAUUAAGCCACCACUAUAUCCCACCGAAUGAAGGUGAGAUAAUAGAACAUCAAUUAGUUGUUCCAUUAAUUGUUGGGAAUAUAUUUCUUCAACCUGAAACAAUUGCACCAUUUAUUUUACGAGGAGGAUUAUGUGGAACAUUUAGACAAUUGUUAAGGAGUUCUAAUGGUAUCUUACGUGCAUGUAUCAUUAAUGAACACAGUCUUGAAACAAAUGAAUUCAAAGAAGUUUAUGGAUGUAUAGGUAAUGUAAUUAAUUACGAAGAUUAUGAAAGUUCAAUAGCAAUUAUUUUCAAAGGGAUUAAACGAUGUAAAUUAAUUACAAACAAUAGAAGAGAAACAACAAUUCCAAUUGGAAAAGUAGAAAUUAUUCCUGAUAUGAAAGAUAUAAGUUAUUUGUAUUCAAUGAUUGUUAAUAAUGGGUGUUGUGGUUAUCAGUACUGGAAGUUACACUGUCUUGAAUACUCUAAAAAACAAGUCAUUGAUUUUAUAAAAAAAAUAGAAGGAGAAUUAACUUCUGAGAAAUUAGAAGUAAUUCAAGAUACAAAUGAAUUUCUUACAGCAGUUCAUAGCCAUCUUCCAUUCUCUAUAAAUGAAGAAUUACAAUAUGAAAGAGCACAAACAGUAGAAGAUGCAUUUAAAAUAUGUAUUCAUUGUAUUCAAUCUACUCAAUUAAUUUGUGCGUGUUGUAAUGAAUUUAAUAUUAAAACAAUAUUUUGUCCAACUAAAAAUAUCUUCUCAGUGUCAACAAGUGGAAUUAAUUCAAACCAUGUUAAUCCUGCAGGAUUUACAUUUACUGUAACGACAGCAAUUCAUUGUUCUAAUUUAAGAGUUGAAACACAACCAUCUAACGAAUUUUCAUGGUUUGAGGGUUAUGCUUGGCAAAUUAUUGUUUGUGAAUCUUGUGGGAAUCAUAUUGGAUGGAAAUUUACUACUCACAAUGAUUUAUUAAAGCCAAAAAUAUUUUAUGGAUUACGUUCUGAUUGUUAUAUUUUUUCUCAAUGA